AUGUUAGCACGUACCACCAGGUUGUCCUACAUCUGCCUCCGAUGCCAGCGAAGACUCUCAAAGGCCAAAGGUCCGCUGGAGGCACCCUUGCAUCCUGCCGCCGCGCAGGCAGGCCGGCGAUGGGCCCAUGCUGCCGUUCAAGUCCGACAGGACGAGGACGAUGACCACCAUGAUGAAGGUCAAACCCAAAACAUUGACUCUCCAGCAAACCCACACGACUCAGAGACAGUCGCAGCCAGAUCCUACCGAUAUCGACGAUGGCGACCCAGCAAGACGGCAAAACUUGGGGUCAACUCCCUGGGCAAGCCGGCGGAAGUACUGAUUCUCCCAUCGCGAGACCGCCGGAUACCUAAAGUGCCAAAAGAGGAGGAAAACAAAGCAAGGAUGAGUGUACAAGAAUCGCUGGCAUCAGAGCAGGCCCCGCUGAGCAUCCAAGAGCUGAUGGCAAACAUUGAGCAAGUGGUCGGGUCUUCGGGAAUUGAAAAGAAGCGAGGGCAAUUGGAGGUCAAAGAGUGGGAGAUACUCCGAUCCAGUCUGGCUAAAGGUUUCAGGCUCGACCAGUUGAGACGUUACAUCGCGUACAAACACAAGAAGUCACUGUCAACGGACGUGUUCUACCGGGUCAACAGACAGAAUAAACCGGACACGAUCAAGUAUCUGGUUGAGGAGGUAUGGGGUUUCACAGUGCCUGUAACGGAAAAACGUUCAGAGAAGAAAGCCCGGACGUUGAGUCUUUAUAUCCCAGAUGAAGCCAAACUGGACCAUCUGCUGAAGGACCGAGGCCAGCCAUUGAAGCGAAUCGCGGAGGAAUUGGAUAUUCAAAUCGACCUCUUUCGACGGGACUCCAGGAUCAGGGUUUCCGGAGUGGCCGCAAACGCCGCGGCCGCGCUGGCACGGAUUUCACGGUUGGCGAAAGACCUUCAACCCAUCACAAUACCGCUUCAGGGUAUUAUGGGAGACUCCUAUCGGGAUCCUGCUGUCAAAGAUGCAAUCAAACGGUUUCUGGACUCCGUUCAGCAAAAGUUUGACGUGCAGAUCGCUUUGACACCGGAUCAUAUUAAGAUUGUCCAUCAUGAACAACAUCUUUUGGCCCAGCAAGCGCACCGAGAAAUCCGACUCGCAGUCGAACCGGAUGACCAGCCACAGAAAGUCGAUGUAUGGCCACCGGAGUCCAGAGAGAUAAGCUCUCUUCAACCGUUCCCUACACCGUCUGAGUUCUCCAAGAGUAUCCUGCAGUUGCCAGAGGCUAGAUUGACCAAUCCUGCCAAUGAUCCUCCAGGCUUGAAUGUUGCGGAUCCUGAUACGGAGCGUAUAAGACCACUGAAUUCAAUGAUAAGCAAGAUCUGCGAAUGGUUCGAGUUCACCAGCUUGCACAAAAGUCCGAAGUCGCGGAAUGACUUGUACCAUCACGUCACGGCGAGAUUUGGACAGGCUUUAUUCGGAGAACUACCCAGAGCCAAGGCGGCAGAGACCGAGGAAGGCGGCAAGAUCCAAGCUUCAAGUCCACGGGGCUUGAACGCAUCUACACCUUCGGGAAAACCGGCGUUUACGAAUCAGAUACCAUAUUUGGUUCAGCAACUUGCCCUCAUGAAGCCGUGGAGUCCGGCUUCUUCCAAACCAGCAAAAGAUAUCGGAGCAGAUGCUCGUACCACGCUCAGGCUUGAGUUCUCACCAACUUACAAUGAAACACAAUCUCAGCUCUGGCCGUCAUUGGAAGUCCUGGUCACCUCGGGAGAAUCAGUAAAGGGUAGAAGGCCACCUCUCAGCAUCGCCAGGGUUUCUGCUGUACACCAACAGAAGUCCUUUACAAUCCUUUGCCCGAGCCGUCAGGUCGACAUCAAAAUAAUGCAGCAGCUCAAGCAAGACCUUCUAUAUCGAGGAGCUGAGAAAGAUCAACAACAUACUCCCCUCCUGCGUGCGAUCAAAGCAUAUUUCUCCCGGACUGAAGCUGACGAGCCGACCGAGUGGCUCUUCCAGCCUUUCGUCAAUUUGCCUGUAGAUGAUAGCAUGAAGGGCGUUGCAGAGCAGGGUGGCAAUGCUACUAGCAAGUCAAGGGAAGGCCAUGAGCGGGCGUCUCGUACCGAUUCGACGACGACUCCCAAGAAAGAGGCCAUCUCGUAUAUCCUUCGCACUGUCGACGUCAUGGAUGUUGACUCGCGCGAGGUGGCAGUCUCCGUGAGUGCAGGCUCUGCUACCAGUGCCGAUGCUGGGAAGGGAAGGCAACCAAAUCAGCACGUCAAGUUCUGCUUGGAUCAUGUCACAUUGACCGGCACGGAAGCGACACGACAAGAGCUGCUACUUGCGGAGCGAUCAGUGCUGCAUCCUCCUACACUGACACAACCGGACAUGGCUAUCCUCGUAAAAACGGCCUUGGCUUUGGCUGACCGUCUGGGCGAGGAUCCAACCACUUCCACGCGGGGAGAGCUUGGAUCAGUGCUGGAGGUCACAGCUGAGAAGGCCGAACACCCAGUUAAGGACAGCGCUGGGGAUGAGAAGAAGAGGCCAUCGAAGGUCUCGAAGGUUGUCAAGAAGGCCGGGAAACGGGCGAAGAAACCAUCGUCGUCAUGA